AUGUCAAAAACAGAAGCAAAUCAUGAUGAAAGCUUAUACAUAUCAGAAAUGAUUAAUUCAACAGAUAAUAUUAAUAACCUAAUUGAUAAAUUAUUCAUAUUAUUGGUUAAAAUACAAAAUGAAAGUAAAAAUUUUUAUGAAACGAAACAUUUUCUUAAUAAAUGUAUUACUCUUUCUACUCGAUCAACUGAUGAAAUUUUCAUUUGGCUUAAUGAAAACCAAUAUGAAUCAAAAUAUGCUUUGAUCCUUGGAAUUUUUUACUAUUACAAUAUGCUUGGUCUAGAUAAAGAUAAUAAUAAUGAAGCAUAUAAUUUAAUAAAAACUGCAAACACACAAUAUAAUCAUGCAUUAUUAUAUAAAGGUAAAGGAAUUGAAAAGAAUUUAGAGAAGGCUUUUUAUUGGUAUCAAAAGUCUGCUGAAAAUAAUGUUGCUGUUGCACAAUUAAGACUUGCAUUAUUAUAUAAAAAUGGACUUCAUUUUAUUCAUUCUCAAAGUAUUAUUCAUCAGGAUUUUCAUAGUGGAAAUAUUCUUUGUGAAAAUGAAUAUGAUAUUGUAAUAAGUGAUUUAGGAAUUAGUAAAUUAUCAGCUGAUUUAUCAGAUAAUAAUGAAUUUUAUUGUAUUAUCUCUUAUACUGCUCCAGAAAUAUUUCAAGGAAAAAAAUCUGAAAAAUGUACUAAAGCUUCAGAUAUAUAUAGUUUUGGUAUGAUUAUGUGGGAAUUAAUGGUUGGUAGAAGACCUUUUUGGGAUCGAGAUUAUGAUACAUUACUUAUUAUUGAUAUUUGUGAUAAUAUUCGUCCUUCUAUUGUUACAAAUGCACCUAAAGGUUAUAUUGAAAUAAUGCAAGAAUGUUGGUCUGCUGAUCCAAAUAAAAGACCAACUACUAUUCAUAUUUGGAACCUUAUUGAUGAAUUCUUUUUAAAUGAAAAAAAAGUUCCAACUAAAAUUAUAUUAUCAUCAGAUAUUGGACCUAUUAUAGAAAAUGAAUUUAUUAAAGAUAGUUAUAAUGAAGAUUAUAUUUCUAAAGCAUUUGAAUUUGAUAUUUAA